UUUGUUGUGGUGUAUAUUUUUCUUUUAGGUUUAUGGAUUGAACAUAUAGAAAGGGCGUUUAAAUGUCCAAACGAGAACUGUAAUAGAAAUUACAAGACCAAACCUGGGUUGUACAACCAUUUGAAAUACGAAUUCGUUCGUUUGUUGUACAACUCGAAAUCCGGUAGAAUGAACAAGUAUCCGGGACCGUCGGAAGACGGCCUUUACUAUUGCACAAACAAAUGUGGUAAGAAAUAUAAGUCAAAGCAAGCCAUCAGUGUGCACAUGCGAUACGAAUGCGGUGUAAAGCCAAAAUUCUACUGCAGGGAAUGCGAUAAAUAUUUCAAGCAACCCGUCAGCUAUAAGGCCCAUAUAAUGAACGUCCACAAGUUCCUGGUCGAAGGUCAUAAUCCAAACUAGUGACCAACACGUUAAAGGAAAAUAAGAGUACAAUAAAAAAUUAGAACAUCAUAUCCUAUCGGCAACUUUUGAUUUUGUUAUUAACUGGUACAUAUUGUCAUAAAUAACAACACACACUGUGCAGCUACGAAAUCAAACGAUGUCUUAUGUAUUAUGUAUUUUUGUUACUUUAAUAUUUUGUACAAAAAUAACAACUAAUAAUAAUAUAAACUAAUUAUUACCUAUAUAGUUUAUAAACCUUUCAAAUUCUACGAUAAACUUAAGCGUUUGUUUUGGCAAACG